CCCGGCUUCGUAAAGUAGUAGCAUAUUGCUAAGCGGAGAAGUUAACGGCGAUAGUCAAAUGUAGCAGCAUUAUUUUAAUUCUCUGUAACUAGCAGACAUAUCAGUGGCCACUGUGGAAUCAACACUACCCAGGUGGGCUGUUUUCAAGUGUAGUAUCGUCUCAAAAUUGCACCACAGUCCUUACGGCUGCUGUUUUACAUCAAAAAUAAUACCAGCACGGUCCGAGACGAGGGGGGGAAAUGCCAUCGAGAAAUCACCUUGACAAAAUCGGGAGGAGGAAAAAGAAGAGGUGGACAGAGGACGCCAUGGAGCGUGCACUGAUAGAGGUCAAGUCAGGCAGGUGCACAGUGAGACAAGCCGCCAAGGAGUUUGGAGUCCCUAAAUCUUCACUGGGGGACAGAGUCAGUGGACGGGUGACCCCUGGGAGCCGUAGCGGCCCGGCUCAGCUUAUAACAUCUGCUGAUGAGGAGUUGUUGGUCGAGUUCUCCUUAUACAUGUCCAGGCAUGGAUUCCCACUUACAAAGCAGCAGCUGGUGUCCUUCGCAUCGUCAAUUUAUAAGCGGCAACACCGGAGGGUGGCAUUUUCCAAACUGGGCCAGACAUGGUGGCUCAAUUUUAGAAAAAGACAAGAGAAAAACAUCACUAUUCAGCCAGCAGACAAUGUUGUCCGUGGGAGGACUGUGUCAGUGAGAAAGGAAGCAGUAGAUCAGUUUUUUCACCUCCUGAGGACUGUUGUAGAUGCUCAUGAGCUCAGAGACAAGCCUCACCAAAUUUUCAACUGCAAUGACACAGACUUUCAGCUGAGUAGGAAGAGGGUGACUCUCCCUAAAUCUGUCGGUCUAGGCUACAAGCCAGCGUCAGGCUCCAGGGACCAUGUCUCCGUCUUGGCUUGCUUUAAUGCGGUUGGAGAGGACAUCCCCCCAUUUAUAAUCUACUCAAAGGCCUAUCCAGGGGGAGUAUGCUACAAGACACAAGGACCACCAAAUGCCCUAUAUGGGUGGUCAGACUCGGGAUGUAUCAAUUCAGACCUCUUUAAGAAAUGGUUCCUCAAACAUUUUCUCGUGCACGCACCAAAGGAGCGUCCACUGCUGCUGAUUUUCGAUGGCCACAAGUCACCCGUGAACCUGGAGGUGGUGGAAACAGCUCGUAAGGAGGAUGUCAUUCUUCUGUGCCUCCCACCUCAUUGCUCCCACAUCCUCCAGCCACUCAAUGAUGGUCUCUUUGUGGUCCUCAAGCAGCACUUUGCUUCAUUCCUAGGCGACGGCUACACUACUGACACCCACUUUGCAGUUAGCAAAAAGGAGUUCUCAGGGGUUUUCAAAGGAACAUAUCAGGUAGCAAAGGAGGAGGAAGGUGUGAGAAUUGUGAAGGAAGGCUUUAGGAAAUCUGGGAUCUACCCACUGAACCCCUUCACCAUCUGUGACAGACACAUGAUAUCAGCCCACCACACUGGCCAGAUAGCUGCACCCUCCUUGUCAACACCAGUGCCGGGAGUGCACACUGUAGGAGACCUCACAGAUGCUGGGCCAUCUUCCUAAUUCAUCGCUAUAAAAAUGAAAGUGUGAUUGACUGCAUAAUUGAGCAAAGCAGAAAUGAGCACAGGCUCGUUCUGUCUUUCAAAAUACUGAAUUAAUUACAGUCCUGUUUUUAAUAUAGUGAACCACCUCCUGCUGCCUCCCUGCAGAGAGCCCUGUUUGAGGAAGGAUUGCAUUGUUAUUAAUUACUACUCAACAAUGAGCUCAGAUUUAGUUAUCGGGUAAUAAUGUUUGAAUGCUGGACAACUGUGGUUUUCAAUGGGUUGGGAGUCCCAAGGUGAACAUGAUUUUCAAAAGGAUAAUAAAAGAAAAAUAGAGGAAAUAUUUCUGCUUAACAAAAAUCUGUAAUUUCUCUUCAUAAAUGCUUCCAUCUUCUUGUGAAUUAUUGGGUGGUAAGCCAUUUAAAUUAAGUGACCCAUAAAAGAAAAACACUUGCAAAGCACUCACAAGUUGCUUCAGCCUAGAGGAUUGUGAGCAAAAGAACAUUUGUAGAUAUUCAGUGCCAUCUUUUUUUUUGGUAUUGCUGGCCAGUCAGCUAGCGAAGCUAACCAUCAUUGGUAAGGUGCAUGAUUUCAGUUUAGUGGUCUCUGACAGUAAGUGAGGGAGGGGAGGCUGUGAGGUGUGAGUUGCCCGAGCAGUUCUGCACAGAUAUAACACAGGUGCUUCACUCUGUCAUUUGUUUUAUGUAUGUAAGUAAUGUGACAAAUUCACUCGAUUAUCUCAAACACACUGGAACGGAUAAAAGACUGGAUUUAAAGCUUGGGCACAUUUUCAUAUGUUAUCUUGUUGUAGACGUCUGAUAACUACACUUUAUGCUGUGCAAAAUGUCUCUGAAGCACAAUCAAGCCUCUUAAAUACCAGACUGAUUUUGAGUGGAAGUUGGAACCAUUUAUUGAAGGAUGUGUCAUCAACAGAUGAUGCAGCUGUGGAAUAUGAUACACCUACUGCUGUUGUCAUGGUUUUCUUUGGAGGUCAAAGAAAAUAUGUCCAUUUUUGGUUCCAUCUAAGAAACUAUUGUCUUUUUUUCCCUAAAUAGUUUAAAAUUGUACAUGUGACUCCUGUGAUUGUUCCUAUACUUACAUCUACUGGCCUCUUUGUUAGGUACGCCUGUUUAGCUUCUCAUUAAUGCAUAUAUCGAGUCAGCCAAUCACAUGGCAGCACUGUGCUAUCAUGUUAAUGUAGAUCAGAAUCUCAGGAAGGUUUCCAGCAUGUUGUUAAAUCUAUGGUAUGAAUAAUUAAGGCAGUUCUGGAGGAAAAGGGGUCCAACACAGUACAAGCAAGGUGUACAUAAUAAAGUGGCGCGUGAACAUAAGUAUCCUGAAUAAUUGUGAACACGGAAACUGAUAUAAAAGUAAACCCAAGACCUUUUUAAAUAAUUUGCUUCUUUCUGUUCACCUGGAAGAAUGAACCCUACGUGAUCUCAGGGGAAAAGUCAGACAUCUAGAAUAAAGAUAUUUUUAAAUAUGUUUGAAGCAAAAAUUUGUCCAUAACCUUAAUAAUUUACAAAACUUUGCUAUAGCCGUGGCAGUGUGUGUGUGUUAUGUACAUGUUCAGGCUGAGUGAUGUAAUGUCAGUGCAAUUGAUACAUUUGCCGACAAUAGUCAGGCAGCUAAGGCUGACGUAUCCUUUAUUUAGUAGAAAUAUUGUGCAACCAAGCAGAAGAACAUCUUUCUGUUCUAUUACCUGUAUAAAAAAACUCUGUAUAUGACUAUAAUUAUUGGAUGCCUAUAUCAAAAUCAUAAUUUUAAUGCACAGGGGUAUUAAUAUUAACAUUAACCGCUUUUUUUAAACAAAGCUGGUAAAACAUUUGUCACAUACCAUAUAAUUAACAAUCUCAUAUGUUAAGGUGUUCCCUAGAAAGCUUUCGCUACAGUAUUCAAGGAAAAAAUAUGCAUGUGUGUCCUACAGGGAAGCACCCCAGUAAGAUUAACGUUUGAUCAACCAGCUUAAGUGUAGGUCACACUGCAGUGUACUUUAGAGCUUUAUGGAUGCGGUACAGAUGCCCUGGGCUAAGUUAAUGUUUUUGUACUGUAUGUUAAUAUCACAGAUGGUGAUUUGUGCCUGAAGCCUGGAAUAUUUUUAGUUAUGAUUCAAUGACACAGCACAGUCGAAGGACAAUUUGAGUUUAACUUGCAGAACUGCCACCACACUGUGUGGUGCCAUACACAUGGGACUAAUUUAAGUUUUACAUUAUUUUUCUUUAAAAAAAAAAAAAUAGAUUUACAGUCAUGGUAAAAAUGUGUGGCCUCUGUCAGUUCUGAGGUUUACAUAUGAGGGCAUAUUGAAAGUAAAUCAUGCUCUUAAAGUUUCUGAAAUACAACCUCAGAUGAACAACAAUGCGUGACGUAUUACACGGUUUAAAAAAAACAAACUAAGCCAAAAUGCAGAAGGAGUGUGUGAAAAGAACAACCAGUGACUGAGUAGCUGGUAGAACCACCUUUAGCAACAAUAACUUGAAUAGCUUCCUGUAUGACUUUAUCAAUCUGCCACAUCAUUGCGGAGGAAUUUUGGUCCACUUUUCUUUAACGUGUUGCUUCUUUUCUUUUUCAGCCAUUCUGGUAUAGAGUUGCUGAUGUGAUUGGGUUCAUUGUCCCGUUGAAAGAACCAGUUUUGGACAAGCUGUAGCUGUCAGACAGAUGCCCUCACAUUUGACUCUAGAAUACUUUGGUAUACAGAAGAGUUCAUCAUGGUCAAGUUAGUGAUAUCAAGGUGCCCACUUCCUGUGGCUGCAAAACCAGCCCAAAUCAUCACCCGUCCACCACCAUUAGAGCUGCUAUAAAAUGUUUGUGCAUUUUUUGUUGUUGUUUGUUUGUUUUUGGGUUGUUGUUUUUUUUUACCAAACAUGAAACUACACACUAUGGUCAGACAUCUCCACUUUGGUUGUUCAGUCUUUUCCUGGUUGCACUGUCACGAAUUUGAACAUUUUGCAUGCUAACCGAGGCCUAUAGACUCUGAUUUGAUUUCUCUAAGCACCUUAGGGCGAAUUUGGUGGUAAGGCUGUACUUAGUUCUUCACACACUACUUCUGCAUUUUUACUUUUUUGUCUUUAAAAAAACAACAACAUAUUGUAAUAUGUGAAGUUUUAAAGUUCAUCUAAAGUUAUAUUUACCAAGCCAUUGUAAGGACUAGACUAUUAUUUUUCUUAUGUGCGGAUGCUUGAAACCUUAGAAAUGAAAGGUUUUUUUUGUUUGUUUGUUUGUUUUACCAUUUCUUCGGAUUUGUCAGUUAAAUUCGGUGUGUGUGAGCAAUGUUUACAUUCAAAAGUGUUUUUUCUUUUUUAAAAUAAUUUUGCAGCACUCACUCAAAUCUCCUGGCUGCCAACCGGACUUGUGAACUCCUAGCUGGAAUAGGUUUAGUUUCCACAUCUGUGUUCGUUCUGCAACACAGAAGAGGUUGCUGUGACACUGAGACAGGACAGCUUCAAUUAUCCCUUUCAAUUAAAAAAAACAACAUUUUAAAACUCAAUUUUUGAAGUUGCAUCUUAAUCACUGUGAGUACCCCGCUGUGUCUUGUUCUUUCUUGGCAUCAUUUGAUCUUUGGAUCCAGCUGCCGUCCUUUUUUAAUGUAGACCGCACCCUGAUGUUUUGAAGCACCUGGCUUCUGUUAAUAUCUACAACACACACACUUUUAUCAGUACUGCAUACCAAGAAAUAUUUUUUUCUUCCAUGUUUAAUCUUAUCAAAUACUCACCUUUUGACAUGCUGCUGAUGUUUUCUCAGAUGUUCAACCUGAGGAAAUAUUUGAUGAAAAACUUUCUGUAUGUUUCAUCUGUCAUACUCUACACUCAUUCCCAACUCACCCCUUUCGCAACCUGUAAAGCUGUAUUCCUAUACACAAAAAACUCAUCCACCAUGAUAAAGUGAUAUUGAAGCAUUUACUCUUUGUUAUUAACACAUGUGGACAGUUAUUAUCUGAAUAAAAUCAUUUGAGCAUACCAGAAGACGUUCCACAAUAAAACUUGUGCAAAAAUCGAAUCUGCUUGUAAACACUAUUAACAAAUGUCCCUCGUGCUCUCCCCUCUCCCCAGUCUCUCUGCAUCUUGUCAUAUUGCGCAUCUGUUCUGUAUUCUCUUCAAGCGCCUGUUAACAUUUUGACCUGUGCUUAGUGCUUUAAUCUCUUGUGAUGAAUCUUUCUGGAGAUGUGCCAGCCCCAAUUAAGCAGGUCAAAUUCAUUAUUCAUAGAAAAGGAAAGCAAUUCAGAUUUGGUAAUGAGGCCUUCCUCACACAGGCCACGAAUAGGGGUGUUAAGUCUAUUUUUGUGCCGUAUUGUGUUCUCACCUGUUUGUGUCAGAGCAAAUCAGUGCCGGUCCUCCUCCGGGUCUCUGUGACACGCAAAUAAGAUGGCAGAAAUACCUUCACCAGAGCCCCCACCCCCUGCAGUUUCAGAUCCCGCCCCCCUCUCCUGUUAGUUUUGAAGUGCCGCACCUGGAUGAUGCUACACAGGCUCAUUGAGCAAGCGGAUAGGCUGGGUGAUAAGAGGGGCAGCACUGUUUUGUGGUUUCGAUUUUUCUGAGUGUGAGAAGUCACAUUCCAGAGAUGUUUUCUAGUGAGAUUUUCAGUCUUUGCUAAGAAGCAAAUUAAAAAUAGGCUUUUAUAACCUGCCUGACAGCUUAAAGGUAUUUAAAUGAACCCUGCAGGUUAGUGCUUGAUGCUGUUUUCUUUCCUACUAAUGGCUAUAGCAGGGGAUUAAACUGAACUCAAUUCUGCUCAAUAUUAAUGUAAUCUCUUUAUACACUUAUUGGUGAGACCCUCCACAACAGUCCCAGUUUUUUAUGUGGUCCCAUGGGAAAAUUAAUUGCCCAUCACUGAACAAUAGCCUUUGAAAAAAAGUAGACAACUGAAAACCUGCAUAUCAUUAACCACAAAAGUUUGUUUGUUUUGUUUUUUCAAAUAUAAAAAGCUUGUAGUAUUGGUUCACCCACAACAAAGACUUUAUUUCACAAGCAUACUGUUCCAGUUGGUAGGCUUCUAGGAAUCAAGCAGGACCAGAUCUCAGAGUUGUUAGAAUUUAAUCUACUGUCUCAUCAGACCUUUUUAAUAAUAUUUACAUUGAAAAUCCUUGAACCGAAAUGCCCAUUCUUUCCAGUGAAAAUAAAAGGGCACAGAGAAAAGCUUAACCUCAUUAUUUGAUGUUUACUUUACAUUUUAAUAAACUGAAAUAUUCAUAUUUUGGUCUGUGGGUGUACGGGGGACUCUGUGUGCAAAAGAAAUUAAUGCGAUUUUUAGUUCUUGUUAUGAUUGUGGCUCAUAGGGUAUACAGCAGGUUGGUGGUUGAAUUGCUGGCUGUUCCAGUUUGCAUGCCGAAAGCAUCCUUGGGCAAGAUACUGAACCCUGAGUUAUUUCCAGUGUGUUUAUUGGAGUGUGAGUGUUAGACAGGAAGUACUUUAUUUUUGAAUAAACAUAUUGUAUAAAGUCCUU